CUCAGCGUCGGCGCGCAGGAGGCCGGCAGCGGCCGGGGCUGCGCGCUGGAGCCGCCGCGGCAGCGGGAAGAUGGGAGCGCCGCACCUGUCCUUCGCCGCUCAGCAUCGUCCCCUGUCCGCGGCACGGGCUUCCAAAGCAGCUGAGGACAGAACCUUAAGGAAUGCCAUGUAGUAAGUGCUAAACAAACUGGCACAGAAAGGAUCAAAAAAGAUGGCAGUCUGUAUUUGAAAUAAUUAAACAUACGGACUCUCACUGAUAAGAAAUCAUGUCCAAAAAAGGACGUAGCAAAGGCGAAAAGCCUGAGGCACUGAUUGUAGCCCUACAGGCUGCCAAUGAGGAACUCAGGACCAAGCUAACGGACAUCCAAAUUGAGCUGCAUCAGGAGAAAUCUAAGAUUGCUAAACUUGAAAGAGAGAAGACUCAAGAAACAAAGCGUAUCCGUGAAGUGGAGCAGCGCAAGCAAACUGUGCAAAUCACAGAGCUAAAAGCCAAACUCCAUGAGGAGAAAAUGAAGGAGCUGCAGGCUGUGAGGGAGAACCUCAUCAAACAGCAUGAGCAGGAGAUGACACGAAUGGUGAAAGUCCGAGACAGUGAAAUCCAGCGCCUCAAGUCAGCGCUGUGUGCCCUGCGGGAUGGCAGCAGCGAUAAAGUAAGGACAGCCCUGACUAUUGAGGCUCGUGAAGAGGCCAGAAAACAGUUUGACUCUGAGCGCCUUAAGCUUCUGCAGGAAAUUACUGAACUUAAGUCUGCCAAAAAGCAGGUAGAUGAGGCCUUGAACAAUAUGAUCCAAGCUGACAAGAUCAAAGCAGGUGAUCUUCGAAGUGAGCACCAGUCCCACCAGGAAGCCAUUUCUAAGAUCAAGUGGGAGAGCGAGAGGGAUAUUCGCCGCCUGAUGGAUGAGAUCAAGGCUAAAGAUAGGAUCAUAUUUUCCUUGGAGAAAGAACUGGAGACACAAACAGGCUAUGUGCAGAAGCUGCAGCUGCAGAAAGAAGCUCUGGAUGAACAGCUUUUCCUGGUGAAAGAGGCAGAGUGUAACAUGAGCAGUCCCAAGAGGGAGAUCCCAGGAAGGGCCGGAGAUGGCUCAGAGCACUGCAGCAGCCCUGACUUGCGCAGGAACCAGAAGAGGAUAGCUGAGUUGAAUGCAACAAUCCGGAAACUGGAAGACAGGAACACGUUGUUGGUUGAUGAACGAAAUGAACUGCUGAAGCGUGUCCGAGAAGCUGAAAAACAAUGUAAACCUCUCCUGGAGAAGAACAAGUGCCUCACAAAGAGAAAUGAUGAACUGAUGCAGUCUUUGCAGCGCAUAGAAGAUAAACUCAAAGCAGUCACUAAAGAAAACAUAGAAAUGAGAGAAAAAAUGACCUCGCAUCCUCCACUAAAGAAACUAAAGUCUCUAAAUGACCUGGAUCAGGCUAAUGAAGAACAAGAAACAGAAUUUUUAAAGCUUCAGGUCAUAGAACAACAGAACAUAAUUGAUGAGUUAACAAGGGACAGGGAAAAACUCAUUCGUCGCAGAAGGAGUAAAAGGAGUUCAAAGCCAAUUAAGAGACACGUGAUAGACACAGUUUUGGGGUAUGAUGAUGAUUCCAUGGACUCUGAAACAUCCUCAGUGGCCUCAUACAGAACAGACAGAACACCAGCAACUCCGGAUGAUGAUCUGGAUGAGAGUUUAGCUGCAGAAGAAUCAGAGCUGCGGUUUCGACAGUUGACAAAGGAAUAUCAGGCCCUGCAGAGAGCUUAUGCACUACUGCAAGAGCAAACAGGAGGCGUCAUAGAUGCUGAAAGAGAAGCCAAGGCUCAGGAGCAGCUCCAGGCAGAAGUCCAGAGAUACAAAGCCAAAAUAGAAGAUUUGGAGAAAACUUUAGCACAAAAAGGACAGGACUCCCAUUGGGUGGAAGACAAACAGCUUUUCAUUAAGAGGAACCAAGAGCUUUUAGACAAGAUAGAAAAACUGGAAGCAGAAAACAACCGUCUGCAACAGGAGCUACAGGAUGCCCGGGACCAGAAUGAGCUGCUGGAGUUCCGCAACCUGGAGCUGGAGGAAAGAGAGAGACGGUCCCCACCAUUUAAUCUUCAAAUUCACCCAUUCUCAGACGGUGUGAGUGCUCUACAGAUAUACUGCAUGAAGGAAGGGGUGAAGGAUGUCAGCAUCCCAGACCUCAUAAAACAAUUAGACAUCCUAGGUGAUAAUGGGAAUUUAAGAAAUGAGGAGCAAGUGGCUAUAAUUCAGGCUUCCACUGUGUUGUCUUUGGCAGAAAAGUGGAUUCAGCAGAUUGAGGGAGCUGAGGCUGCUCUGCACCAGAAGAUGAUGGAACUGGAGAGCGAUAUGGAGCAAUUUUGCAAAAUAAAAGGUUAUUUGGAGGAAGAACUAGACUACAGGAAGCAAGCUCUUGACCAGGCAUACAUGAGGAUCCAGGAGCUUGAGGCCACCUUGUACAAUGCUUUGCAGCAAGAAACAGUGAUAAAGUUUGGAGAACUGCUCACUGAAAAACAGCAGGAAGAGCUCAGAACAGCAGUAGAAAAGCUAAGACGCCAGAUGCUGAGGAAAAGCAGAGAAUAUGAUUGCCAGAUUCUUCAGGAGAGGAUGGAGCUGCUCCAGCAGGCUCAUCAGAGGAUCCGAGAUUUAGAAGACAAAACUGACAUCCAAAAGAGACAAAUUAAGGAUCUGGAGGAAAAGGUUGGUUUUGUUUUGUUUCUGAAGCAGGCUUGUUUUGAAAGUAAUGACCUAAUUCUUUUGAACUACGUGGAUUUCUUUUUAUACCUAAUCAGCUGUACAUUUUAGUGCUUUUCUACUAUGCUUUUUUCAGUGUUUGCCUUUUAGUGUAUUCUGACUUUAAUCUUAGAGCUUCUUCCACAACAGAUUGUUUCAUUUUAGGAAAUAAAUUCUGAACACUUUUUAAUUAUGGUGAAUGAUACUGGGCCAAAUGUUGAAACCUUUAUUUGGUGGUGAGAGGCUGUCUUGGUCUCCAAGCAGUACAUCCAUUAAGGCAGGGUGAUGGUAGUGAGCAGGAAGGAGCAAAUGAAGCUCAGUGAAGGUACAGAGACUGUCCUUUGGGAGCUCAGAUUCUAGUGCUCUCUUGUUUACUGAAGUUUGCAAUUGAUUGUGCAAUAUGAAUGCAGUACCAGAAUCUUGCUCCUGGCUGACCUGUCAAGUUGCAUAUCCACAUUCUCUCUAUAUAUACAAAGAUACACAUAAAUAUAUACGGAGCUGUGCUGCUUUUUUCUUUGUCACAUUAACUUGUCUUAAUUCUUGAUAGGUUAGAUAGGAUUGCUGAAGAAAGAUCAGUGUGGGCGCAUCAUAAUCUUGCCAUUGAUGUAUUUUCUAGGAAUGCUGUACUGAUGUAAGAUGCAUCUCCAGUGAGAGCUUUGCCCAUGUAGUCGUAUUAGUGAAUAUCAAAGUACAUAUGUGAGCUAUAACCAUGGCUUUAUCAGUACAGUGACUGUAGUGCCACUGAGCCCCCCCAGUUUGUAUGUAUGUUCCUUAAGUGAAACAAAUGAGUUCAGUGUAAAACUUGAUAUACGUAAUUCCUUCCACUUUUCUGUCAGUAUUUUCAUGACACAAGAACUCGGUGUCUUUCUUGAGUAUACAACAUGGAAAUAUUUCAUAAUCUGUAGUGAAAAUCAAAACAAAAAUAAAAUCUAUGCAGUGGUCAUAUGGA